AGGACCUACCCCCACACGGACACUUUGGGAAACCACAGCGCGGGGCUGCAAACCGCUCCCACAACACGGACAAAUAUUUCGGUGUAUCUGCGAACAGACAACACAACUUGUUUGUCUUCCACCACUCUCUUCAUCAUCUACUAGCCUACUUUCCGCCUGCUGUCUCAUAGGCUUUGCCUGCGGUGAGUGUGAGGUGGGAGGGGAUUCAUUCCUUUCAGUACCCGAUCGCGCCUCUCUCUCUCUCGCUCUCUCUCUCUUUCUCCUUUUUCCUCUCCUCCCUCGUACAACCUCCAGGGUUUUCAAACGCGAUGACAGUCAAGGCGAACGCGUGAGUGGAUCCCACAGGUGUGUUGUAGAACUGCCAACUGAGCCGCGGCUCCUGGAGACUCUCUCUCUCUCACACACACACACACACACCUGGAAAUUGCCAGAUGACUCGGCACCUGGGCGUGGAGAAAGUCCCCGAUAUCAUUCCCAGAGUCUUUUGUUGAGGAGUUGCCCGGGUCGCCUUUCAACAGGAAUUGACAAAUUGGUCAACCAAGCAGCCAGUGUUUUCUUCGGAAUAGUGCCUUUCUGUAACCGCUCACGGGACAUGCGAGGAGAGUAGAAUGUGAACUUGAUUACGGACUUGUUUCUUUUCCUUUUUUUGUUGUUUUUGUUUUACUAUUUCACCAGAGGGCUCUUCAAUAUCUGGACUGUUCGCGUUUGUGCAACUACUCACUUCGCUGUUUUUCCUCCAAGAGCCCAGGCCCUUAAUGAAGCUGGGGGUCAGCAGUAGUGUGCGGCUAAUUGGCCAAAUUUGCCUUGGGCUCCGGCUUCCUGUGAUUGAAGUGUCCAGUGAGGGCCCGCCGUGCAGCCGGCGCUGCACCCUGCUUUGUUCCACUCCAGCAGCCAAGACGCUCACUGCACCCCUGUCUGCCUCUCCCUAAGAUGGCAAGCUGGGUCUCCCUCCUCCUCUUCCUCUUAUGCCAGUCAGUCUCACAAGCUCAGCAGGAUAGCAGCAAUGUCGCCAUCCUAGAGUUCACCACAGACACCACCAUCAACAAUGUGGUCCAGGAUCCCCAGACUGGUCGAAUCUACCUGGGGGCGGUCGACAACAUUUUCCAGCUGGGGCCGUCACUCCGCCUGCAGGCUCGUGCUGAGACGGGCCCCAAAGAGGAUGCCCGGAGCUGUACGCCUCCUGCAUCUGCCUGCCAGGACACAAAGCUCAUGCCCAACCUCAACAAGCUUCUGCUGGUCCAUCCGUCCAACGGUUCACUCAUAGUCUGCGGUAGCCGCUAUCGAGGCAUUUGCUCCCUCCUAAACCUGACCAAUGUGGAACAGCAGCUGUAUUACAGUGACAGUAAAGGAGAGAGGACUUACGUGGCUAGCAUAGAGGAUAAUGUGAACGUGGUGGGUGUGAUGUCCAACUACUCAAAAGAUGGGAACGCCUUCAGUGUGUUUCUUGUUGGGAAGGGCUAUGGAAGCCUCGACAGUACAAAACUCAUCAGCACACGAAUCCUUCAGGACUUUCGUGAUUGGGUCGUGUUUGAGAGCAUCAUUGAAGCAUCUACGGUUCAGACGACGCCAUUUGUUCCAAAGUACCUGCAUGACUUCCGACUUGCCUUCAAAGAUAAUGGUUUUGUUUAUUUCCUCUUUUCAAGGACACUUGAUGGAUCGGAUAAUAAAAACCUGACCUUUGUGUCUCGUCUUUGCGAAGACGACCACCAUUACUACUCCCACACGGAGCUGCAGUUAAACUGCGGCCAAAAUAACCGAUACAACAAAGUCCAAGCUGCGUAUGUGGCCUCUCCAGGGAAAGAGCUGGCGCGGGCCAUGACUGAAUUAGGUUGGUAUGGUACGGUCAACUACUGGAACAAAGUUCUAUUCAUGGUGGCAAGUCCGGAUGACGACCCCAGCGACUCCGCUCUCUGCAUGUAUCCACUCAACACCAUCAAUGAGCGACUGGUGGACAUCAUCAGCGCCUGCUACAGUGACUCAGGGAAAAUGUCCGGGGUCCCUGCUGUGGAUAUCCCUUACUCAUCUAAAACUGACGAAUUCUGCACAUCCAAAAUUGCGAAGGAUACGUUGGCAAACUACAAGUGUGGCGCAGACUUUCUGCCUUCCCCUUUAGCCAGCAAGCCGAAAUUUGCCCUAAAGACGAAGGCAGUGUGGACCAAACCUGGGCUUCUGACCGCCGUGGCUGUCGCCGUGGAGAAUGAUCACACCAUCGCCUUCUUGGGGAACACACAGGGGGAGGUCUUCAAGGUGCACCUGGCCACGGAGCCAGACAUGUACAGUACGACUCCUGGCGACACCAUGGGAGAGAAGGUCAACAAGAACCUUUUCUUUGACCUCAGUCAAAAUCACCUUUACAUUACCACAGAGAAAAAGAUCACCAAGGUGCCGGUGCAGACGUGCCUCCAAAAGAAAGACUGCCAAUCAUGUGUGGAACUGAGGGACCCUUACUGUGGCUGGUGUGUCCUGGAGGGCAGGUGUACCAGGAGGUCUGAGUGCCGACGGGCGGAAGAGAAGAAUGGCUGGUUGUGGAGCCCCAGGCAGCUUUGUGUCAAAAUUGUCUCUUUCUAUCCCCCGAACCUUUCCUGCAAAAAGACUCAAAAGGUGAAGAUUAACAUCCCCUCCCUUCCUGCAAUCGGGCUUGCUGACCGUCUGCGCUGCUCCAUCAAGUCUUUCAAUAGUGAGGGCAUCAUGUCUGACUCGGGUCAGGUCUCCUGCGAUCUCCCCAACCCUUCUCUUAUACCACAUACACCUGAGGACCAAGACUUUGUGGCCGUGGCGCUCAGAAUUUUCAUCAACGAGACUGUGGAGCUUGCCACGCGGGAGUUCAAGUUCUACAACUGUGCUGCCACAGUGAGGAAAUCUGAAAACACACCGUGCAUGUCAUGUGUGGCCAGUUUGUGGGGCUGCCAGUGGAACACACAUGACCACUCCUGCAGUGACAUGGACGACAGCGUGGUGGGUGCCAACAUCAUCAAGCAACGUCAGGGAGCGAAGUGUCCUCAUUUUGAGAAUCCAGAUCCUGUGCUGAUCCCGGUGGGCUUCAAGACUCGUAUCAGCUUUGAGGGAAGCAAUUUGGACCUCUACCAGGGUCGUGUUUUCACCAUCGGCAGUGAGCUGAUGAGAAAUGUGGAAGAGGAGGUUAAUUUUGAGGACGGGCCAUUCUACACCUUCAGCGGCUUCGAUUUUUCUUACGACAAGUCACCGGAGACCAAUGUUCUCUUCUAUGUGAAGGACAAGGAGUCGGGCAAGAAGAUGGACAGCACGCUGAAUGUUACGCUGUACAACUGCUCCAUGGGGAGGGAGGACUGUAGUCUCUGUAAGAACGCAGAUCCAAAGUACAGGUGUGUGUGGUGUGCCAAGCAGAGAGCGUGUGUGUACGAGAAGCUGUGCAAUCCUGACCAGCAAGGGUCCGAGGAUCCUUACAACACCGAGUGCCCCGAUCCCCAGAUCACUGAUAUCAUCCCUCGUUUCGGCCCCCUGCAUGGAGGAAUCUCCAUCACCAUCCGGGGCUCCAACCUUGGCAUCCACAAGGAAGAUAUUAAAAGCAUAAGCGUGGUCGGGGUGCCCUGUAUCCACCGGCAGGAGAAGUACCGCGUUUCCACGAGCGUGGUGUGUGAGAUCGGCCCUGUUGGCCCCAAGGACACCUGGGGCCAGGUCGAAGUGGAGGUGAAGGGGGGAAAGAGAGGAACAUCUUCCAUGUACUUCACCUACAGGGACCCAAUUCCAGAGAUGGUGAAACCCUCAAGAGGUCCAAAAGCUGGGGGCACCCUCAUUACAAUUUCUGGAAUAUUUCUGAACACAGGCAGUAUGGAUGAUGUCCAGGUUACCAUCGGAGGGGUGGAUUGCACUGUUGAGCAAUUCGGAGAAGAGAUCACCUGCAGGACAGGGGAAUAUGGAACAGAUAAGGUGCCCUCUGACCAUCUCACCAUCACAGUGAGGUAUGGAAAGAGUACCACAACAACCAUCCCAAGUGCCUUCCAAUUCUUGGAAAAUCCCAUCAUGCUGGACCACCAGCCCAAAGAAAGCUUUGUCUGUGGAGGGAGAAACAUUGUGGUGACCGGCUCCGGCUUUAACCUAAUCCAGACUGCGGUCCUGAAGGUCCUCGGAGACAACUCAAAAGCUUUUGAGAAAGCCCACGAAAAGAACGACACAGUCAUCCAGUUUUGGUCUCCAACAGUAAACAGUUCCCUGAACCAGCCCUUUAAAACCUACAUCCAGCUUGACAACUGGGAGAAGGAACUGAAGCCCUUCGACUACCAACCUAACCCCAGCUUCAACAAGCUGACCAAGAAGGUCAUCACUGAGGCCAGCAUCAUCAUUGUCACUGGUCGAGGAUUCUCCAAAGCCAUGACGGCCAAAGAGGCUCAAGCAUUUGUGGGCGAUGUUCCCUGUCUGGUCAACACGCUUCAGGAUGACAAGCUGUUUCUGGACCCACCUUCCACCACACCCAGCGCUCGCUCCAGACGGCAACGCCGAGACACCCGGCCCGAACUGCUGGACUUAAUGAUCAAGUUUGGGAAAGGGGAGUGGGUGGUUGGCUCUGUGCAGUACGAGAAGAAGAAUGAUUUGUCACUCUACAUCAUCAUCCCUGCUGUCAUUGUGCCCAUGUUGCUCAUCAUCGCGAUCUCUGUCUACUGCUACAGGAGAAAGAGUCAACAGGCCGAGAGGGAGUACGAGAAGGUAAAACAUCAGCUUGAGAAUCUGGAAGAGAGCGUACGGGAUCGCUGCAAGAAAGAAUUCACAGACUUGAUGAUCGAGAUGGAAGACCACACUAACGAACUGAGUGAGGGACGAAUCCCAUUCCUGGACUAUAAAACCUACACCGACCGUGUCUUCUUCCUGCCCUCGAAAGACGGAGCCAAUGAUGUGAUGAUAACAGGAAAGCUCAACAUCCCAGAGGCUCGACGGGCCACAGUGACUCAGGCGCUUAACCAGUUCUCCAACCUCCUGAACUCAAAGACCUUCCUUAUAAAUUUUAUCCGAACCUUAGAACGCAGCCAUGACUUCAACGCCAGGGCCAAGGUGUACUUUGCCUCCCUGCUGACUGUGGCUCUGCAUGGGAAACUAGAAUACUACACCGACAUUAUGAGAACACUGCUGCUGGAGCUGAUGGAGGAAUACGUCCACAGCAAGAACCCUAAACUCAUGCUGCGCAGGUCAGAGACUGUGGUGGAGAGGAUGCUGUGUAACUGGAUGUCUAUCUGCCUUUACCAGUUUUUGAAGGACUCUGCAGGCGAGCCCUUGUACAAACUGUUCCGAGCCAUCAAGCACCAGAUUGAGAAAGGGCCUGUUGACGCCAGAGUGAAGAAAGCCAAGUAUACCCUCAACGACACGGGCCUGUUGGGCGACGAUGUAGAGUACUCCGUCCUGACUCUGCAAGUACUGGUGCAGGGCGAGGGUCCAGAUGUGACGCCUGUCAAGGUGCUGAGCUGUGACACCAUCUCGCAGGUGAAAGAGAAGAUCAUAGAGCAGGUGUACAGGAACCUGCCAUACUCCCAGCGGCCUAAGGUCGACAGUGUCACAUUGGAGUGGCGCCCGGGCUCAACAGGGCAGAUUUUGUCAGAUCUGGACUUAACUUCCCAGAAAGAGGGCAGGUGGAAGCGCAUCAACACUUUGGCACACUAUAACGUGCGAGAUAAUGCCACAUUAGUCUUGUCCAGCGUGCUUCACAUUCAGCAGAACUAUGACCAGAACCAGGAAAACCAUGAAGAGAGGAAUGCUUUGUUGGAAGAUGACAAGGUGUUUCACUUGGUGAGGCCAGCAGACGAACUGGAUGAGAUGAAAUCCAAACGAGGAAGUAUAAAGGACAAGUCGAUGACCAAAGCCAUUACAGAGAUCUACUUAACAAGACUCCUUUCUGUCAAGGGAACACUGCAGCAGUUUGUGGAUGACUUCUUCCGCAGCGUGCUGUGCUCUGGGGCGGUGGUGCCACCGGCUGUCAAAUAUUUCUUUGACUUCCUGGAUGAGCAGGCCCUGAAACACAACAAUGUGGAUGAGGAGACCAUCCAUAUCUGGAAGACUAAUAGCCUUCCUCUGCGGUUCUGGGUGAACAUACUGAAGAAUCCCCACUUCACAUUUGACGUCCACGUGUCUGAAGUUGUGGACGCCUCGCUUUCUGUCAUCGCCCAGACCUUCAUGGAUGCCUGCACCAAGAGCGAGCACAAACUCAGCCGGGACUCUCCAAGUAACAAACUACUCUAUGCAAAGGAGAUCUCCACCUAUAAGAAGAUGGUGGAUGAUUACUACACAGGCAUCAGGCAGAUGGUUCCUGUCAGUGAUCAGGACAUGAACACUCAUCUGGCGGAAGUGUCACGGUCUCACACAGACAAACUGAACACACAAGUGGCUCUCCAUCAGCUUUACCAGUAUGCCAGCAAAUACUAUGAUGGGAUCAUCGCAUCCCUAGAGGAGGACCCAGCUGCCCAGAGUAAACAGCUGACCCUGCGGCUCCAGCAGAUAGCAGCCGCCCUGGAAAACAAAGUGACUGAUCUCUAACCCACCGAGGGAGGGAGGGAGGGAGUAAGGGGAAUGGUAGGAUACCGCCAGUGACUGCAGGGGGCUUACUUCUUCUUUUAGAGAACAAAACAUGGAAAUAAGGAAAGGUGAGAAGUCAGUCAUAUUGUACAAUAUGGCCCUGGGACAAUUUGCUGUGCUGUGGAGUAAAGGGAAUAAUUAAAUGCAGAUAGAGAGAAAAAAAGGGACGGAAAUUAUGGGUUACACUGUCAUUGGUACGCCUUAAAUCUCACUUGCCGAACCUUUAAGGUCUGCACGCUUACUCUUGCUUCACUGAAUAUUGCUCCCACAAUGCAGUGCGGUAGACCUCUCACUGAGAAUUAAGCCCCUCCGUGGAGCACUGGCACAGGCGAUAAUCAGAUGUUCAAUUUCUUUCUGUGUAGAAAAGGUUUUAAGAAUUGUAUUAUAUAUUUUUUUUAUUGUGCAGUCUUUAUGCGGAAAGCUUUAUAAGGAAAAAAUUAUCUUUUUAAAUGGAUCACCUUGUGGUGCAGAUAGUGUUUUUAUUAGCCUGUGUGUGCGUAGAUGUCUGUGUGAAGCACAACACCUGAACAAGAGUAUGCGUUGCUAGAUUUGAGUGUGUGUGAUUGUGUGGGAAUUUGUGUGCACACAGGAUGCCUACUGUCAGGCGUGAGGGCGAAGGGACGCCUGCUUUGUUAUUUUAUUCCCCCAUAGCCAGUGGCAUACUGGAGCCUGUGCACUCACCGAGCUCACCAAAGGGUCCUCACAAGGACACUGGUUAGCAAUUUACAGGCUCUUAUGAUUGACAGGUCAACAGUAGUUUCAGAAAUGUUUGAGUUAAAUUAUUUGCUUUGACUCAGAUUUGCUUCAAGCUGGAUUGCCAUUUGUGCUUGUGGAAUCUGACACUAGCCCAAUCUGUCUCCCUUUAUUGUACAGUGCCAUGAUACAUUCCAUUUCAACUAAAGCACAGAAGUACAUUUCAAAAUUGUUUAAAAACAUUUCAGUUGUUGACUUUUUUAUUUUAUUUUUAUUUUUUUUAAGUAUCAGCAAACAGCAACUAUAUUCUGCUAUGGAGCCAUGCCCGUCAUAUUAGCCCUGCAAUAAUGUCAGAAUACUAUGAGCCACAAUUGACAGUUACACUAGCUCACUAAAUGUAUUCAAAUACAGUAGCAAUUCAGCAAUACGGUUGAGAAAUUUCCGAAUUGAUUCACGCAUUGUUAAGCGUGACUUAUGGUUCUGCAGAGGCGCCACGCAGAUCUUUCGCUGUAGCUUAUGUAAGUGACCUGAAGUUAUACUUGUGUGUUAAUGUGUUCGUCGAUCCGGCAUGUGUGGGUGCGUGGGGAGUGUGUGGUAGAGCGAGUGAGAGAGGGACAGCGAUUAACUUUGGUGCAAGUACCAACUAUAGAGUCUUAUUGGGAGAAACUGUCUCCCAUGUGCUUUCUGACCACAGUGGGGAAUCUGUAGCAGGAAAAGUUAACCCUCUCCUUGAUUUAAGUUGUUUAUAGAGAAGGAGAACCAGGAAAUAAGAGUAGGGGGAAAUGCAACACUACCAAGCCACGGCCAAGCAUCGUGCGUUGCCACAACGUGUAUAGUAAAAAAAAAUUGAGAGUUGCACGCAAGCUACGGCGUAGGAUUCGGCGUAGGGUCCGUAUCUCCACGUACCUACAUUCGUAGCCAAGGCGAAAAUAUAACGCGGAAGCCUAAAUCACGCUUCAAGGUUCAUGAUUUUUAGUGCCAUUUGUUUGUAGUCUACUCUUGUAAUCUUCCAAAUAGUCAUCAAGCAAUCUGCCUCUAAAGCUAUGAAAUAGCCUGUUGCUGAUUUUAAUUAUCAGUUCGAGAUGCAGUUGGUACUUAAAUGGUAUGUUUUGAACAAAUUACUGUGGUUUUAGCCUUUGUGUGACGUUUGGGAGGUCAGGUUCAAUCAUGUACAUAAGUGUUAUAGUAAUUGAGAUGUUGAUAUGUCAGUGUCAGAGCUGAGGUGUUGACGGGUAUGAAUGAGGGUUCAAUAUUUUUUGGGCCAUUAAACGCCACGCUUCAUCCCUAAAUUGUUGAUUUUGCUGAUUGUACUUCCCGUAUCUGACCAUGGACGUGUGUAGUUGACAGAGCAUAACGAGCUCCAGAGACCCCAGAAUGUUAACGAUUCCUGCCUUGGCUAGAGAGAGGUUUGCACAGACCUCGAGCCUGCCUGCCUGCCUGCUGUCUCAGCAUGGCACCCUGGCAUCCCGACCAACAGCACUUGGCACUGCCCACUCAGCGCAGUGCAGAGUGGCACUCUGUAUAAUGGAAUCAGCAGGAGAGGCUUUUGAUCUUAAUUGCAUGCCGACUGCAGACUCCAUGCUUGUCUCCGCUGUUGUUUACUGCUGACUUCUGUCUCACUGACGGAGUUGAUGCAAGAAGCUUUCUUUAACCAAAAAUGUGCCUUAUUAAAUAGGAUGAUACAUAUAUAUUGUUUCUAAAUUAUUCUAUUGGUAACCUAGUUGAUUAUAAUGAUGAUAGUGCUAUAGACACAGCAAUGUAUUUGGACUUGUGAUAUUAUGUGUGCUGUCUAAAAUGCUAGGUGCCCUGCUGCAGCCAUGUUUGUGCCAAUAGGCUGAAGACAUUUCAGUAUGAUUUCUUUUAUGGUUGCAGUUUCAAUGUGUACAUUUCCUUUGGGUGUCUGUGGCGUGUGCUUAGUAGGAUUUUUGGUGGCUAGGGCAGAAGGCCUAAAGGAAUAAAUAUAAAACAAUGUGGCCAGUGUGAUUUGGGUUUCCCUUGAAAAUGUCUGGCAUUUCUAAAUUAGUCUGAAAUCAAAAGGGUGACCUUAUGUAGAUUGAAUAUAAUGCAAAAUUGUUCCAACGGUGUUACAUUUUUUUUGCCCUGUGUUUCUAAGCUGUUCAACAGUGUGUACGAUAAAUGACUAUCUAUACUCGACAAAUAACUUUUCUUACUGCUGUGCAGUUAUUUUUAUUUCAUGUUUCCUAUACCAUAUAAAUCUUUGUAAAACAUGUUGAAAUGCUGUAUUCUAACUGUAUACUCCUAUGCAUUGAGUCCUGGUACAAAAAAAACAAAAGAGAAAAAAAGCUGUUUGUUCUGUUGUCAAGACUUUUUUCCAUUUUGAAACUUGUGAAUGUGCUGUAAUGAUAAAAGAAACUAGAGCACUCCAUUUCAGUGCAGGACCAUUAAUGGAAGCCAACGUUUUCCUCCCCAUCCAAGGCAGCUCAGAAGAUUCUCGAUCGUGUACCUGAUCUGGUUGUACUGGAUGAACCUAAUUUUACAAAGGUUGUGUGUGGCCGGAGUAGUUACCCACAGAUUUCAUCAUACACUCCUCCGUGAAUAAACUCAGAGACAUAUACCCCCUUCA